CACAAUCCACACAUAGCUCGUACUCAAUCUUGGCCCCAACUCCUUUCUUCACACAACCAACCUGGGCCUUCUGCUCAGCGAAGACGAUUUACUACUCUACCUGCCUUUUUAUCUCCUUCAGAUGGAGUCUUUUUAAUUCUAGCACUUCUUCUUCUUUACAUUACUUUCGUUAACUACAAUUGGGAGUGUUCAGUGUUCAGUUUGCGGAUCCAGGGGCCACUUUAGAGCCUUCCGUGGAAGCGUGUCUAGCCUGGUUCUAUUUUAAGGAUCGCCAUAUUCUUCUUCCUCAUCGCAUCGGUGCUUUCACAGCUGCACAAUCAGAAUGGCGAAAUCGAAGAAUGCUCGCUCGUCGCCGAGUGCUGUGCCUGCCAGCGAGGGUGCACCUCUCAUUCCAGUGCCGACGCAAGUCCAAGUUCCAGUCCCAGUCGUCGCGACCGUGAAGAAAGGCGCCAUCAAGCGCAAUGACUACACGUCGGAUGGGGUCAAGGACAAUGAUGUCUUCAACCUGCCGGGAUCUGACUACAGAGUCAUGAUCUUCGUGACAGUGAUUGCUGCCAUUGUCAGGCUGUUCCGGAUAUAUCAGCCAAGCAGCGUUGUGUUCGACGAAGUCCACUUCGGCGGCUUCGCAUCCAAAUAUAUGAAGGGAAAGUUCUUCAUGGACGUCCACCCUCCGCUCGCCAAACUUCUAUUGACGCUGGCCGGAUUCAUGGCUGGCUUCGACGGCAACUUCGACUUUAAGGAGAUCGGCAAGGAUUAUAUUGAGCCUGGUGUACCAUACGUGGCCAUGAGAAUGCUGCCGGCAAUCUGCGGUAUUCUGCUCGUGCCAGUCAUGUUCCUCACACUGAAGGCUGCUGGCUGCCGCACUAUGACCGCUGGCUUGGGCGCUGGACUCAUUAUCUUUGAGAACGGACUCCUCACUCAAGCACGUCUUAUUCUUCUCGACUCUCCUCUUAUGAUCAUGACUGCCAUCACUGCGUUGGCGUUCACAUCUUUCACAAACCAGCAAGAACAAGGUCCCGCGAAGGCUUUCCAGCCAAGCUGGUGGUUCUGGCUUGCCAUGACCGGUCUAGGUCUUGGUGCAACUGCCAGUGUGAAGUGGGUCGGCCUUUUCACAAUUGCCUGGGUUGGCAGCUUGACUGUUGUUCAACUCUGGGUUGUGCUCGGUGACUAUAAGAACGUCACCCCAAGACUACUCUUCAAGCACAUCCUCGCCAGAGUGUUUUGCCUGAUCUUGAUCCCGGUAACAUUCUACAUGGCAAUGUUUGCUAUUCACUUCCAGAUCCUUCAGAACCCUGGUGAGGGUGAUGGAUUCAUGAGCUCCGAGUUCCAGGCCACUCUGAACUCCAAAGGCAUGAAGGACGUCCCCGUCGAUGUUGCCUUGGGAAGCCGAGUCAGCAUCAGACAUCACAACACCCAGGGAGGAUACCUUCAUUCCCACAACCUGAUGUACCCCGGUGGCAGCAAGCAGCAGCAGAUUACUCUUUACCCCCACAAGGACGAGAACAACGUCUGGCUUCUGGAGAACACUACGCAGCCACUCGAUGUCAAUGGCGAGAAUAUCAACGGCUCCUACGCUUGGGAUACCAUUUCUCCCCCUGCCUUCUUGAAGGAUAACGACGUUAUCAAGUUGUUCCACAUUCCUACCAACAGACGCCUUCACUCUCACGAUGUUCGCCCACCUGUGACUGAGGCUGAUUGGCAAAACGAAGUUUCCGCCUACGGCUACGAAGGGUUUGAGGGUGAUGCGAAUGAUUUCUUCCGCAUUGAGAUCGUUAAGACCAAGUCCGAAGGGGAGCUAGCAAAGGAGCGUGUUCGCACUAUCCAGACAAAGUUCCGCCUCAUUCAUGUCAUGACUGGCUGCGCCCUUUUCUCUCACAAGGUCAAGUUGCCUGAUUGGGCUUCCGAGCAACAGGAAGUGACCUGCGCAAAGCAGGGCACCCUGCCAAACAGCAUCUGGUUCAUCGAGCAGAACGAGCACCCUCAGCUCGGAGCUGACGCAGAAAAGGUCAACUACAAGAACCCCGGUUUCCUUGGCAAGUUCUGGGAGCUGCAAAAGGUUAUGUGGCAGACCAAUGCCGGCCUUGUCGAGUCUCACGCCUGGGACUCCCGUCCAAUGUCGUGGCCCAUCCUGGAACGCGGUAUCAACUUCUGGGGCAAGGACCACCGUCAAAUUUAUCUCAUUGGAAACCCCAUCAUUUGGUGGUCAUCUACCCUGGGUGUUGCCAUCUUCGCCCUUUUCCAGGGCAUUGCCGUUUUAAGAUGGCAGCGUGGCUACAAGGAUUUCAACAAUUCGACCUUCAAGCGAUUCAGCUACGAAAUCGGCACCUCCAUCCUGGGCUGGGCUUUCCACUACUUCCCCUUCUACCUCAUGCAGCGUCAGCUGUUCUUGCACCACUACUUCCCAGCCUUGUACUUUGCUGUUAUGGCGCUUUGCCAGACUUACGAUCAUAUUACCAACCGCAUCCCAGGAAUUGGUCUCCGUGAGAACCCAAUAAUUGGCAAGCUCGGUGCUGUUGUUUUCUUGGGUCUCAGCAUGGUUGCCUUUGGCCUGUACUCGCCUCUGGCAUAUGGUAACCCGUGGACCCAAUCCGCAUGCAAGCAGGUGAAGCUGUUCAGCAAGUGGGAUUGGGACUGCAACACUUUCCACACCACCUAUGAUCAAUACAAUGUCAAGCAGGUGCAAUCCCCAGUUGCCAACGUUGCGCCAACCUCCGCGCCGGCACCACCGGCAGCUAUCCCGGAAGCCAAGGUCGAGGAACAAGCUCAGAAGCCAAUCGUUGAGCAAGAGCAACCCGUGAUGUCUGUCGCCCCUGUCUACAGCGAGGCACCGAUCCUUUCCGGCAGCCAGAGCGUGGUUUCUCGCGAGGAGAGAGUCGAGUACCGCGACCAAGACGGCAACCUCCUCGACGCGGAGCAGGUCAAGGCUCUUUCAGGCAAAGUCAGCUUCCAGACCCGUUACGAGACACGCACCCGCAUCGUCGAUGCGUCUGGUGUUGUGAUUGAGCAGGGCGAGGCUUCUGUUGCCCCGCCGCACCCUGAUGUUGAUAAUGUUGACCCCGAGACCGUUGCUGUCCCGGAGAAGGAGGCUGAGGCUGCGCCAGCGUCGCAGAGCAAGGCGGAGGAGGACCUCGUGAAGGAGGCGGCGAUUGAGAAUGCUAAGAAGGGGGAGGCUAAGCCUGCGAGCGAUGUGCAGGAGGCUACGGUAUAAAAUAUUUCAUUUGUUUAAGGGGGAUGGGUAACGACGAGGGCUUGGCGGUGAUAGGUUCUACUUGUAUAUCAGAUCAGUAAUAUUUAUGUGAUUUAUGUGAACACCAGUAGAAAUAAAUCGUAAUUUAUAGUGCUCGUGGCUCUUAAAAGUUUAGAGAG